CUGUAUAAUUUGUCUUUAACGUAAUCUUACUUUGCAUGUUUCUUGUUAAAUCUAUAGCACAAAAUAUACAUUUGUAAAAUGCUUUUUUCUUCGCGUGAAAAGCUACUAAAAGAUGGCGACUAAAGAAACGGGAAUUCAGUUUUUGGCACGGCUAGGAAGUAGACCAUCACUUACUGGCAUCCAACCAAUCAUAUUUGGUGAACAAGGACCACAGACAAAAGAUGUGAUAGAACUAUAUGGUGGUGAAGGAACUGGUAAAACAGAGUUGCUGGUACACUUAAUUUGUAGAUGCAUUCUACCAGAGUACUGGAACAAUGUUCCACUGGAUGGGCAUGGCGCUGGUGUUGUUUUCAUUGAUACAGAUUUCAAGUUUUCAGUCAUACGUUUAGUUACUGUCAUUGAAAAAUAUAUUUUGGAUAAAGCCAGAGACUGCUCCAAAUUUACUGCGAUAGAUUCAGACAGUAUUGAAUCCUUCAUUCGUGAAUGUUUAAAGAAGUUACAUAUCUUACGGUGUACAAGUAGUGAACAGUUAGUUGUAACGUUACACAAUCUUGAAAAUUUGAUCUGUAAUGAAUCAAGUGUAUCUGUUAUAAUGAUUGACAGUAUUUCAACAUUUUACUGGAUUGAUAAAUCUAAUGGAGGAGACAGCAUUCAGGCUCAGGAAUCCAACAUGAAAUAUGUAACAGAAAUUCUCUCUAAAUUGAUUAACACUUACAAUUUAACACUGUUAGUUACAAAAGCUGUUGUAUAUAAGAAGAAAGGACAGAACGAUUGUUUUGAAGGUGAAUCUGGGAUGCAAUCACUUUCUAAACAUUUUGCAAAUCAAGAUUUAGAAUUGUUCCAUGCAGAGUUUAUGUGUAAACCAUGGCAGCGACUUGUCAGUCAUAGAUUAGUUCUUGUGAAAGAUUUAAGAGAAGGGAACCAGGAACAGUUAUUUGUUAUUGGUGGAGACUGUGCACAGGGGAACCAAACAUUUAAAGUUUGUGAAUCUGGAAUCAAGUUUCUUAGUUAAAGUUUCAUCAAAUAUAGUUUUAAGAUAA